CUUCUCUGUAGAAUAAGAUGACCCUUCUCUUAUUUUAUUUUUCUUUUCAAUUGCGAAUAGUGGGUGUUUGUGUCCAUGUCUUCUUGUGAGUUGAAAGGGUCACUACAACAACAAUCUUACAAUCUGUGGAAACUUUCCCUUCUCUUAUCACUUUUGCUCUCUCGCAUUUACUGAAAAUAUGUUUGUGGCUGAGGCAGUUGGAUCUUCCUUCCUUGGUGUGUUGAUUGACAAAUUGAUCGCCUCCCCGCUGUUAGAGUACGCUCGCCGGAAAAAAGUUGACACAACACUCCAAGAAUGGAGGAGGACGUUGACCCAUAUUGAAGCAGUGCUGGAUGAUGCUGAGAACAAGCAGAUCAGGGAGAAAGCAGUGGAAGUUUGGCUGGAUGACCUCAAAUCUUUGGCUUAUGACAUUGAAGAUGUGGUGGAUGAGUUUGAUACUGAAGCCAAACGAAGGAGUUUGACAGAAGGCCAUCAAGCCAGCACAAGUAAGACGUUGAUGCUAUCAGAGUGUAGAUAUCUUGUUGAUUUACCAACAAAAAUGGGAAGACUAAUCAACUUACGCCAUCUCAAAAUCAAUGGGACUAAUCUAGAAAGGAUGCCGAUAGAAAUGAGUAGAAUGAAAAAUCUUCGAACGUUGACUACUUUUGUUGUCGGUAAGCAUACAGGAUCAAGAGUUGGGGAAUUGAGGGACCUUUCACACCUUAGUGGUACACUUGCCAUUUUCAAGUUGCAAAAUGUGGCGGAUGCUAGAGAUGCCUUGGAGAGUAAUAUGAAGGGUAAGGAGUGCCUUGACAAGUUAGAAUUGAAUUGGGAAGAUGAUAAUGCAAUUGUCGGUGAUUCACAUGAUGCAGCAAGUGUGCUGGAAAAGCUGCAGCCUCAUAGCAACCUGAAAGAACUCUCCAUUAGAUGCUACUAUGGUGCAAAAUUUCCAAGCUGGUUAGGGGAACCUUCAUUCAUCAACAUGGUGCGUCUACAACUCUCUAACUGUAAAAAUUGUGCAUCCUUGCCACCGCUUGGACAGCUACAGUCUCUCCAGAACCUCUCCAUUGUGAAGAAUGAUGUUCUGCAAAAGGUGGGGCAGGAGUUUUAUGGGAAUGGGCCUUCUUCAUUUAAGCCAUUUGGAAGCCUGCAGACUCUGGUGUUCAAGCAGAUAUCAGUGUGGGAGGAAUGGGAUUGUUUUGGAGUCGAAGGGGGGGAGUUCCCUCGUCUCAAUGAGCUCCGUAUUGAGUAUUGUCCAAAGCUGAAAGGGGAUUUGCCCAAGCAUCUUCCUGUUUUAACAAGCCUGGUAAUUUUAGAAUGUGGGCAAUUGGUGUGUCAGCUUCCAGAGGCACCGUCCAUUCAGAAACUGAAUUUAAAAGAAUGUGAUGAGGUAGUGUUGAGAAGUGUUGUCCACCUGCCUUCAAUAACUGAGUUGGAAGUGAGUAAUAUUUGUUCCAUACAAGUGGAAUUUCCAGCAAUUUUGCUUAAGCUCACAUCUCUCCGGAAGUUGGUUAUCAAGGAAUGUCAGAGUCUUUCUUCUCUUCCAGAGAUGGGGCUGCCCCCCAUGCUUGAAACCCUUCGAAUAGAAAAGUGCCACAUUCUAGAGACCCUACCAGAGGGAAUGACUCAAAAUAAUACCAGUCUCCAGAGCUUGUACAUAGAUUGUGAUUCUCUUACGUCUUUGCCCAUCAUCCCUUCAUUGAAAUCACUUGAAAUAAUGCAGUGUGGGAAAGUAGAGUUACCCCUUCCUGAGGAGACCACGCACAACUAUUACCCUUGGCUUACCUAUUUACUUAUAACUAGAAGUUGUGAUUCUCUUACGUCCUUUCCAUUAGCCUUCUUCACAAAGCUUGAGACACUUAAUAUCUGGGGUUGUACAAAUCUGGAGUCUCUUUACAUUCCAGAUGGAGUUCGCAACAUGGAUCUCACAUCUCUCCAAAACAUAUAUAUCUGGGAUUGCCCGAAUCUGGUGUCUUUUCCACAAGGAGGAUUGCCAGCUUCCAACCUGAGAUUCCUUUGGAUCCGCAAUUGCAUGAAGCUUAAGUCACUGCCCCAACGGAUGCACACCCUCCUUACAUCGCUUGACGAUUUGUGGAUAUGUGAUUGUCCAGAAAUUGUUUCAUUUCCGGAAGGGGGUUUGCCGACUAAUCUAUCUUCACUUGAGAUAUGGAACUGCUACAAGCUUAUGGAAUCUCGAAAGGAAUGGGGCUUACAAACACUUCCCUCCCUCACAUAUUUGACUAUCAGGGGAGGUACCGAAGAAGGGUUGGAGUCAUUUUCCGAGGAGUGGCUGCUGCUGCCCUCCACUCUCUUCUCUUUCAGUAUUUUUGACUUUCCAGACCUGAAAUCCCUGGACAAUCUGGGGCUUCAAAACCUCACAUCUCUCGAAGCACUCCGGAUUGUUGACUGCGUUAAGUUAAAGUCCUUUCCGAAACAGGGGCUGCCCUCCCUCUCUGUUCUCGAGAUUCAUAAAUGUCCUCUGCUGAAAAAACGGUGCCAGAGGGAAAAAGGGAAAGAAUGGCGCAAGAUUGCUCAUAUCCCCAAGAUAGUUAUGGAUGCCGAAGUCAUCGUCUCGUGAGGAUGCCAAGUUUCAUUCAGGUGGUGAUCCAUGACCUCCCUUGAAAAUUUGGUGUCAGAUUGAGUACAAGAACUCACCACUUGCUGAGGUACAGUUGUCACCACUUGGGGAGUGAAGAGAAGGAUGCAUUAUGUGAAAUUUAUUAGAUCCUUGAUUGUAUUGUGUUAUGGGAAACUGAAGGCAUUUACAUUUGGUAGGUUGUUAACUCUCACAAGUCUUUGAUGGAAAAUGCUCCUAUUUCUUGGGAGUUCUAGAAGGGGUUUAGCAGCUUUCUUUUGUCUGCAAGGGACUUUUUAUGGCAUUGAAGGUUGUUAUCUAUAAAACCAAGUACCAGACUACAUUAAUCUUCACUAUGUUCUAGUUGGAUGAAACUUUCUAAGAAAAUAUUCUUAACAAAUCAUCAUUUAUAUGCUUUGCUUUUAUGUAGACUUUUAUUGAUAUUUUUACUAUGAGGUUCAGAAAACCACAAUCUACACUCAUCUGUCCAUCACCUGCUGAGAAUAA